CUCCUCCUCCUUUGUGUGUCUAGCUGCGUGUUCCCGGCCACACUUCCCCUUUCUUCCCUCUCACCGCGCACUCCCUUCCCGCUCUACUCCGCCGCGCCACGUGAUCUCCUCACCCCCCUACUAAUAUCCGCCAUGGCCGCCGUCACCCAACCGGAGAGCGAGAAGCCGGAGGUGAAGGAAGGAGCGGAGGAGAUGGAGAGCAACCCGGAGGAGGAAGAAGAAGAGAACAUGGAGGAGGACGGCGAGGAGGGGGGAGGGGAAGACGAGGAGGAAGAGGACUUCACCGUCACCAUCGGGGCCACCUACUCCUGUAAGAGGCAGGACGGCACCUACCACAAUGCGGAGGUGGUGAAGACCAGAAUGAACAAGCAGGCCGGGAGGGAGGAGUACUUUGUCCAUUACGACGGCUUGAACCGCCGCCAAAACGAGUGGGUGGACAAAACCCGACUGGUGCUGCCCAAGCCAGUGAAGGAAGAGGAGGAAGAGGAGGAGGAAGAAGAAGAGGAGGAGGAAAAGAAAGAGGAGGUGGGCAAUGGACCGGACCAGAAGGCCUUGGAUAAUGGAAAAACGCCCCAGAAAGCAAAACCGGAGGAGGGCGAGCCUGAACCGAAGAAAGCCAAGGUGGAGGUCCAUGAAGCCCCUGCCGUGUCCUCUGGGGAUUUUUCUGAGGAGUUGACCUGUCUGCUGUGCAAUGAGCUGUUCAAGGAUCCCGUCAUGGUGGAAUGUGGCCACAACUUCUGCCGCAACUGUAUCGACAAGAGCUGGGAGGGUCGGGACUCCUUCACCUGCCCCGACUGUAAGGAAGUCAUAACCGACAAGAGAUGCACUACCAACCGAGCCCUGGCCAACCUGGUGAAGAAGACUGCCGGUUCUGCUGCCACCGUGACUCCUUCCAAACCUACCGAGAAGGAAAAGGCCCGUCCCAUGGAGAAAUGCCCUGAGCAUGACGAGAGGCUGAAGCUGUAUUGUAAGGAUGACGGGACCCUGAGCUGUGUCAUCUGCCGUGACUCCCUGAAACAUGCAAGUCAUAACUUCCUUCCCAUCCUGGACGCGGUGGGCGUGUACAGAACAGAGAUGUCUGGUAUAGUGUCUCCACUAGAGGAAGCCCUGAAGGUGACGGAACAGCUGACCAAUGAGCAGAAGGACAAGAUUGAGAAGCACAGUUCCAACAUGAAGGAGUACCGGGAGCACAUUGAUUCGGAGUUUGAGAAGCUGCACAAGUUCCUGAAGGAACGACAGGAGAAAGUGCUAGAAAAGCUUCACGAGGAGGGUGAGAGUCUACUGAAGGAAAUGGAGACCAACGUGGGCAAGAUGCAGGAGGGUGGAGACAACAUCAAGGAGCAUAUCACUGUGGCCAAGGAGAGGCUGGAUGAUACGGACUCCAUUUCUUUCCUGACGGACAUCAAGACUUUCAUUGAGACGUGUCAGCAGCAACAAAACGAGGUCAUGUCCUCUGCUAACACUCUCAUCGAGAAAGACCUGUGCCAGGGGACAUUCAAGGGACCAAUUCAGUACUCGGUGUGGAAGCAGCUCAAGUCUGUUGUCGUGCCAUAUCUGACUCCAAUGCUGCUGGAUCCCACCACGGCCCACCCCAAUCUGAUCCUAGCUGACGGGCUGACCAGUGUUAAAUAUGGGGACACCAAGCUCCCCCUCCCUGACAAUCCAAAGCGUUUCAGCCAGUGUAUUCUUGUGCUCGGCUCUCAGGGCUUUGAUUCAGGCCGCCAUUACUGGGAGGUGGAUGUGGGAGACAAGACCGCUUGGGAUGUCGGUAUGGCCAGCGACUCCAGCAACCGCAAGGGUAAGAUCAAGCUGAACCCCAAGAACGGCUACUGGGCAAUCUGGCUGAGAAACGGCAAUGCCUACAAGGCCCUGGAGUCCCCAUCCAAGACCCUGGUUCUCCAAUCCAAACCCAAGAAAAUCGGAGUGUAUGUGGAUUAUGAAGGAGGCCAGAUAUCUUUCUACAAUGCCGACGACAUGACCGCCAUCUACACCUUCAAUGCCACCUUCACGGAGAAGCUCUUCCCGUAUCUGUCGCCAUUCCUGCACGAUUCUGGGCGCAAUGCUGAACCCUUGCGUUUUGUUCAUAACUGAUCUUCUAGGUCGUGUUGGUGGAAUCGUUAAUAUUGCAUUGUUUUAAUGUUUUUUUUCAUAACUGCUUCCAGUUAUUAUUCUAGUUGAACAGUAUUGCUUCACUAUAGAGUAGUCUGUUGUCAUUUCGUAAAAGAUGUAAAAAUAAAGGUUUAACCUGCACAUGAUGUAGAUCUCACAUUAGAUGUAUUUUUUUUGUUUUAAUAAACAAAGUGAAAUGUC